UAAGCGUUUACACACAGUAUUGAUAUAAAGUUCUGUAUCAGAAAAGACUCUUCCUUGCUACGAGGUCCUUAGUCGAUUGACAUUAUUUGUUAUGAAAGCGUUUAGGGAAAGAAAACGAGAGAGAAUGAUAAUUUAUGCCUAUCAAUUUUUUGAUGGAUACGCACGUGUAGUAGGUGGAUAAUUGCAUAGAAGUAUACACACGCAACAAACACACGCAUUGAAAGCUCAAGCAGAAUAGAUUUAAGUUAAAAGCGAGAACGAUGAGUAUACCAUACGAUGAGAACUUAAUCUGGAUAGUAGUGGUCGGCUUUAUAGUGGCGUUUGUUUUGGCGUUCGGUAUCGGCGCCAAUGAUGUCGCCAACAGCUUCGGGACGAGCGUCGGCGCCGGGGUGCUUACGAUAUUUCAAGCUUGUGCCCUGGCAACCGUCUUUGAGAUCGCUGGUGCCGUUUUGAUAGGAUACAAGGUCUCCGAUACAAUGCGCAAGGGUAUACUGGACGUCUCAUUGUACGAAGGCCAUGAAAAGGAGUUGAUGCUAGGAGCAUUAUCCAGUCUAGCCGGGUCCGGUGUCUGGCUACUGCUGGCUACCGCAUUACGACUUCCAAUUUCCGGUACGCAUUCCAUUGUUGGUGCUACAGUUGGAUUUUCGCUCGUGUGCCGGGGUACCGCCGGGGUAAAAUGGAUAGCUCUCGGUAACAUAGCAGCGUCCUGGUUUGCCAGCCCCAUACUCAGCGGGAUCGUGUCCGUCAGUAUCUUUUGGAUAAUAAGAAAAAUCGUACUCCAAUCUAACAAACCGUUUGAACAAGGUCUUCAUAUUCUUCCUAUAGCAUACGGUUUGACCGUUGCUGUCAAUAUUAUGUCAAUUGCACUUGACGGACCUAAACUGCUAAUGAUGGACAAAAUGCCGUGGUGGAUCAGCUUGAUAAUUGCGAUACUGGCAGGUAUAUUUGCCGCGGUAAUCGUGUACGUGUACGUGGUACCACGGCAGAGAGCGAGAAUACUAUUAGCAUCGAAUGGCAGUGACGAAAAGGCAGCAGCAACGACGGCGACGAAUUUUGGCCUCUGCCAAGAGAACAACGAGACAACGGCGUUGUCGGUGAUCUCGGAGGCUCCCUGUGGCAGCAGCAACGGCAAUGUUAAGGCCGACUUGGCUCCGAAGUUACGUGGUAAUAGCAGCGAGAGCCCAUUACUGAUGGUCGCCCAAGCGGACGUAGAGAACGCGCAGAUGGACGGGAUAGCAGAUGACGAAGCGCAACCAGAAGUAUCGAGAUUGUUCGCCUUUCUGCAAGUUCUCACUGCGAUGUUCGGCAGCUUCGCACACGGUGGCAACGAUGUUAGUAACGCGAUCGGGCCGCUAAUCGGGCUUUGGGCGGUAUAUGCGGAGGGCUCGGCCCGACAGGAGGCCGAAACACCCAUACUUAUACUGUUGUACGGCGGCCUAGGUAUUUCUACAGGAUUGUGGGUGUGGGGACGCAGGGUGAUACAGACGCUGGGCCAAGAUCUAGCACGCAUCACUCCUACGACCGGGUUCACUAUAGAGGUGGGUGCCGCGGUAACAGUUCUGUUGGCAAGUAAAAUUGGUCUACCUGUGUCAACGACGCACUGUAAAGUGGGGUCAGUAGUGUGUGUAGGAUGGGCCUCGCGUGGCGGCGAGGGAGUGUCAUGGAAGCUGUUUCGCAAUAUCGCGUUUGCAUGGCUGAUCACCGUGCCAAUGGCCGGAUGUCUGUCUGCCGGUUGCAUGGCCAUUUUCCGCGAGAUAAUUAGUUUGUGAUCUUUUGCAGUUGCAAACAACUCAAGCGCUUUAGACGCAGAAUACCAUCCAAAUACUGCUGUUGUCAAUAAGUUCUGAACAAAUAAAUGGUCAAACAAAGAAA